AUGAACGACAUGACACAACGAAGUCUUUUAUUAUGGGUCCAAAGUUUUUAUACCAAACUCGCUACGGAUAUACAAAUUACAAGUUUAAAAGAUUUAUGUGACGGUGUUUUCUUGUCCAAGAUUAUGCAUCACAUUGAUGCCGAAUACAUGAAUCUAGAACAACUUCAUGAUCAGUCAAGUGGCAAUUGGGCACUGAAAUCCAAUAAUCUCAAAACGCUCUUGCGUGCAGUAGAGCUCUUUUAUACGGACGAAUUAGGCCAGAUCUGUCAUGCUGAGGAGAUCGUUGAUCCACUGCUGAUUGCUAAAGAAAACAAUGUACACGAGGUGGCCAAGCUCACCGAAUUGCUACUAGGUUGUGCAGUCCAAUCUCCAAACAAAUCCGAGUACAUUCACUCUAUCAUGCAAAUGGAUGCGUCGGAACAGGCGAGCUUAAUGCACGCAAUUGAAAAUCUAAUGCAUCGUUUCCAGGCAACGUCUCCUGGCGGAGGUUCAAAUCUGAGUCGCCGUAGCUCAAUGGCCCACGGAGCAUCUUUUGACGAGAUGAUACCGCCGCCAUCGUCGUCGUCGUCGGUCUCUGCGCUACCAGCGGACACGUCUGCCGAAGCGCUGGCUACACAACUUGCUCAGGCGCUGGAGCGGAGCUCUUCAUUAGAGCUCAGGUAUUUAGAUAUGGAGCGCGAGAAGCGUGAACUAACAGAGCGUUUUGAAUGUACACUGACGGAGAACAGAGAACUUGCCGAAAAAUAUACGGCACUUGAAACUGAACGUGACCAGUUGCGCAGCGAACGCCAGAACACGCUCACUCGUGAUAACAAGAAGAUCCAACAAAUUGUGGACAAUGAAGUUCACGCUCUUCAAAUGCAGUUGGAGGAAAAGGACCUAGAAUUGAACCGUGUCAAGCGUGAGUCCGGAGAACGCCUGAUGAUGCUGGAAAACGAAGUCCGUCGCCAAGCUGACGAGCUUGACAUUUCACGCUCCAAACUUGGAACGCUGAAUAAACUGGAAGCUAGCGUGAGCAAAUACAAGAAGAAGCUGGAGGAGAUGAACUUGCUGCGUAGUCAGGUCCGCGAACUAGAGACCCUUAACGCUCAGUACUUGGAUAAGGUCGUCGACUUAGAAAGCACGAUUAAGACUAUGCCCGGACUUAAGAGUCUGGUUGAAAAGUACAAAAAUCAGGUUGUAGAACUCGAGACAGCCAACGUCCAAGCAAGCUCUAAUCUCAAUGUUAAGGAACAGAAGAUCCGUAGACUCCAAGAAGAGCUUGACAGCGCGCUAGGUGGGAAGGAGUUUCUUGAUUCGCAAGUUGAGGAGCUCCGCACACAACUUGCAAGCAUCCAGUACCAGGAAGGCGACGAUGACGCAAUGAAUGCUGGCGAGAGUAGCGGGAUCAACGGAGGAGGUUUGAGUGCUGACAUGCUGCUUGGUCGCGAUUCUGUUAGUGGAUUGAGAGAGCGUGUGGCUCGCCUCGAGCGCGAAAAUGCUGAGCUGAAGGGUGGCAAUGCUGAUGCAGGACAGGCAGAGCUGGCAAAUGAUUUGGACAUGGCACUCAAAGCAAAGGAGUCACUCCAGGUAUCUCUUUUUCAGAUGCAGAAACAGAAUGACCAACUGUCAGAAGACCUGCGCAACGCACGAAUCCAAAACGAACAGCAACAGCAAAUGCUGGCACAGAUUCAACAGGCUCCGACUCAAGCACGUCCUCAACAGCAAAGUGCGCCGGAUGGCUCAGAGCCGAUGCAGGUGUCAAAUGAUAUGGUAGUCUGCGAGGCAGCAACAGCGGCAGGAGCUGUCGGAUAUACGACAGCAGCCAUGCAAGAAGCAGGCGUUGCUAUGGGAUCAGGUGGAGCCAUGCAAGUGCCUGUACUUACUCCAGGUUCUGUCGUGGUGACCAGCAGCAACAAUGCGCUUUCGUCAGCUCAAAUCGCCGAAUAUCAGGAUAAGCUGGAAAAGCUGGAGAUUGAGGCAGAAGCGGUCGAUUCAUUACGCGCAACGGUGACAGAGUUGACAAAGCGUCUGAAAGAAAAGGAGUCAGUGAUUAACGAGCUAUCGGAGCAGCGCGCGAAGCUGGAAAAUUACACGAAAAAAACACUUCAUGCUGUGCAGACAAAGUAUAUGGUGGCAGUAAGUUCACAUCGAAACCAGAUCAACGAGAAGCAGGAGCGAGUGGAUUUCCUCGAGAAAAAGAUGAAGGAGGUCCGCGCUUCGUACUCGCGUGAGCAGGCGCUCAUGAUGUCUUCAUUUUACGAGAUUGGAACAGAAAUGCAACGUCGCACGAUGAUGCCGCAGGCACCGGCUGCUGGUGCUCCAGGCGCUGGGUCGUGGCUUGCGAACAAGAGGACAGAAGAACGUGCCAAAAGACGACAAGGAGCGUGA